AUGCCAAAACUACAGCUAACCGUCGUCGAGUCGCCGCGCAUCGUCCGGCCUUCAAGACGGCGCUCAGUUCAAAACUCCCUUCGAACCAUCUUUCUCUCCGCGAACAACUCCCAGCUGAAGGCCCACCAUCUUCUUCCCCCUGUAUCCUCAAAUCCACUUCAGAAAAUCGUACCGAACCGGCGUGCCUUCUCCGCAUUAGCAUGCCGCUUCUCUUCUCCGUUAAUACAGAAACACGCCCUUCUCCUCCAGCAAAGUAACUCUUCCAAAGCACAGAGCGCUACUUCCGAUCCGGCGCCGAUAAGGCAUAAUGGCGUCUAUGUUGCGACGUUUAACCCUGCUCGACGAGCAUUCCAUGAGACUGCGGUGACACGGAAGGAUCACCAUUUCGAUACUCUCAAGGUUGUCCAGCGGUUGAAGAGUGAGGGGUUCAGUGACGAGCAGGCCGUGGCUCUUAUGAAGGUUAUGACGGAGGUUAUUGAAGAGUCGAUGCAGAACCUAACGCGGGCGAUGGUGUCUAGGGAAGAUGCUGAGCGUUCAACGUAUACCCAAAAAGUCGACUUUGCCAAACUCCGGUCUGAGCUGCUAAAUUCAGACUCAACAGAAGCACAACUUACCCGUUCAUCGCACGACAAGAUAGCAGGAGACCUGGCUAAACUCAACUCCCGAUUACGAGACGAGAUAGGUCGAACCCAGGCCUCCGUCAGACUAGACCUAAACCUUGAAAAGGGGAGGAUCAGAGAAGAGUCGAAUAGCCAAGAGAUGCGUAUCAAAGAAACCGAGACUAGGAUAGAGCAGGAAGUAGCCGGUGUUAGGGAGAGAGUGGAGGCUGUAAAGUUCUCAACUCUACAGUGGUUAAUGGGUGUAUGCACGGGUACUGCGGCCCUGAUACUCGGUGCCUGGCGUUUAUUGAUGUAG